AUGGGGCCCAGGCUGGGGGACUGGGGGCGCCUGCUGCUGACCCUGGCCGCAGCCCUGACACUGCCUACCGGGGCCCCUGGCUCCCAGGGGGCGCACAUCAUCGGGGGCCGUGAGGUGACUCCCCACUCCCGGCCCUACAUGGCCUCUGUGAGCUUCGGGGGCCAGCACCACUGUGGGGGCUUCCUGCUCCGAUCCCGCUGGGUGGUCUCCGCUGCCCACUGCUUCAGCCACAGGGACCCCCGAGCGGGCCUGGUGGUGCUUGGGGCCCACACGCUGCGCCCCACGGAGCCCACACGGCAGGUGUUCGGCAUCGCGGCGGUGACCAGGCACCCCGACUACCAGCCGGCCACCCACACCAAUGACAUCUGCCUGCUGCGGCUCAACGGCUCUGCGGUCCUCGGGCCGGCGGUGGGGCUGCUGCACCUGCCGCGGAGCGGCGCCAGGCCCCCCGCGGCCGGGGCGCGCUGCCGGGUGGCCGGCUGGGGCUUCGUGUCGGACUUCGAAGAGCCACCCCCAGGACUGAUGGAGGCCGAGGUCCGGGUGCUGGGCCUGGACGUCUGCAAUAGCUCCUGGAGGGGCCAGCUGAGCCCCCACAUGCUCUGCACCCGCAGUGCGGACCGGCGGAGGCGCGGCUUCUGCUCGGGGGACUCCGGAGGGCCUCUGGUGUGCAUGGGCCGGGCCCAUGGCCUCAUCUCCUUCUCAGGCCUCUGGUGCGGUGACCCCAAGACCCCUGAUGUGUACACACAGGUCUCUGCCUUCGUGGCCUGGAUCUGGGGUGUGGUUCGGGGAGGCCGCCCCCCACCUAGGAUUGCAGAGCACCGCCUGGGCGCUGCCUGA